CCUAUGAACGGCUCCGCCUUGACGCGCACGUGCUCCCGACGUCAUCUCUCUCUCUCUCUCUGUCUCUCUCUUUUUUUGCGCUUCCGUGUCAACAUGGCGGCAUCCAUGGCAUCCCGGGCUGCCUCGACAGGACUGAGGACGGCGACCUCGAAGCACAUACUGGUCGACAAGCUCAAGUGCACCUGGUUGAGUCCCAGGAGAUGGCUGAAUCUGCAAGAGUACCAGAGCAAGAAGCUGAUGCAAGAGAGUGGCGUUGCUGUCCAGCGCUUCUAUGUGGCUGACACAGCUUCUGAGGCCCUGGAAGCUGCAAAGAGACUCGAUGCCAAGGAGAUUGUGCUGAAGGCUCAGAUUUUGGCUGGUGGCAGGGGCAAGGGCGUGUUCGACAGUGGCCUUAAAGGUGGAGUGCACUUAACUAAGGACCCUGCAGUGGUUGGCGAGCUGGCGAAUAAGAUGCUGGGUUUUAACCUUACGACCAAGCAGACACCCAAAGAUGGAGUGAAAGUGAAAACGGUGAUGGUUGCUGAGGCCCUGGACAUUAGCAGGGAGACCUACUUUGCCAUCUUAAUGGACCGCUCCUGUAACGGCCCUGUCAUGGUUGGAAGCCCCCAGGGAGGUAUGGAUAUCGAGGAGGUGGCCGCCAGCACCCCAGAACUCAUCUUUAAGGAAGUCAUAGAUAUAUUUGAAGGUGUACGCGACGACCAGGCGCUCGGCAUGGCAGCUAAUUUGGGUUUCAAAGGACCUCUGCAGAGACAGGCAGCAGAUCAGAUUAAGAAGCUCUAUGAUCUGUUCCUGAAAGUCGACGCCACUCAAGUCGAAGUCAAUCCUCUCGGAGAGACUCCCGAAGGACAAGUGGUUUGCUUUGAUGCCAAGAUCAACUUUGACGACAACGCCGAGUUCCGUCAGAAGGCCGUGUUUGCCAUGGACGACAUGACUGAGAGCGACCCCACAGAGAUGGAGGCAGCCAAGUGGGACCUCAAAUAUAUCGGACUGGACGGCAACAUUGCUUGUUUUGUGAACGGAGCUGGAUUGGCCAUGGCCACAUGUGACAUCAUUGACCUGCAUGGAGGAAAGCCCGCUAACUUCCUCGACCUGGGUGGAGGGGUCAAAGAGAGGCAGGUGUACGAGGCCUUUAAGCUGCUCACCGCCGAUCCAAAGGUGGAGGCCAUCCUGGUCAACAUUUUCGGUGGGAUCGUCAACUGUGCCAUCAUCGCCAAUGGCAUCACCAAGGCCUGUCGAGAGCUGGAGCUGAAGGUGCCACUGGUGGUCAGACUUGAAGGUACCAACGUCCAUGAGGCCAAGAGGAUCCUGGCGGAGAGCGGCCUGCCCAUCACAGCGGCAGACAACCUGGAGGACGCUGCCAAGAAAGCGGUGGCCGCGAUCAAAAAUUAAUCAGUUUGACCUCACGACUCUCCUCAUACCGUCCCACCAUCAGCGACAUUCACUGUGGCCUCGGAUCAUCACCAUCAGCCUUUUUCUUUUUUUUUACUGAUACUCAUGCAGCCAUCCACAACUCCAAGCCUCUACUUUUAUUUCUGUUAACACCAGCAUCCCAAUCAGACUGUCGUUGCCAAACAAGUGUCCAUAUCACAGGUUCUCAGUAUUUCCCUUAUCUCCUCUCUGUAGUGCAAAUUAGCUGCUUUUAACUUCUCUCCCCCCCCCCCCCCCCCCCCCCCCCCCCCCCCCCCCAAGAUAAACCACUGUGUAACUUUCAGGCUUGUUAUUAUUUCACGUUACAAAGGUAAUGGAAGUGGUUUUGUCAUAGAACAUCAUGAAGCCCCCUCCCAGAAAUUAGAUAGGGCCCAACACUCUGUCCAUUCCGUUUCAAAAAUAGGUGGUGAAAGAUGCAGCUUCCUCUCUGUCUGUGUGGAUUAUUAUUCCAGGGGGGGUCAUCCAUUAUCGACUGAGAGUUGGACUGACGGACAUGGUCAUGAGAGGUGAAAUCAUUUGAUGGCACUUUGCUCGAAUGGGUUGUAGCAGUUGACUUUUAUUUAAUCAAGUUAGUUCACAUCUGUUAAUUUAUCCAAUGCCUUACAUUUACAGUAUCUGUGUCAUGAAUGAGAUGGAGGAUGUACUGUACCCAUGCUGUGAAUUUUGUACAUCAGGUCUUAUUUGUGAAGUGCUACUUUACAUUAGUCUGUGAUAUAAACAGUGUGUCAGCUGCUUGACUCUGAGCCUGUUUCAUGAAGGCUGAAGGGUUCUGUAAACUGUCCUGCCUGCUCGUAGAGUCCAAGCAAACGUUUCAUACAGAGGGGUGAAGAGAGAGACAAAUGAAGGAUAUAAUAGUGUUCUUUUUUUAUAAUCAUGAAUGUAUAUUGAUAGGAUAUCUUUGAUACAGUGUAAAAAACUGUGUACAUAAUUUAAGAGAUUAAAAGAAAAGAUUUCAAGAUAAA